AUGAUCUAUUUAUACAUUAUUUUCAGUAGUAGUACUUCCUAAUUCUUCAAUACACCAAUGCGCAAAAUGUCGAAUGAUUUUUGUUUUCAUACGAUUUUACUAGUCUGUUUACUGUAUAUACCAUGUGAAGCAGCAGUAGAAGAUAACUCAUGUAAUGCCAUUAAUGUUGACAAUUGUACGACAUAUGGUAAUGCAAAUUGUAAUGCAAACAAAUGUCGUUGUAUGCAUAAUUUCUAUGAUAACGGCUUUACCUGUACGACAAAGAAAAGUCGAGGUGAAAAAUGUAGUGGUGGAAAUUCAUGUCUGAGUCCCUUAGCUUGUAAAGGUGGGACUUGUCAAUGUGCUACGAUUUCGUAUUUGUCAGAAUCAACUUGUCGUCCAAAAAGAAGUGUUGUAGUAAUGUGUAAUGCUGCUAAUGAAUGUCCGAGUCCAAUGAAUUGUUCACAUGAAAUUUGUCAAUGUGGUCAAUCUCAAUAUUGGACAGGGUCUGAUUGCGCUAAAGGAUCGAGUGUUAAUGAGGCCUGUGAACAAAGUAUACAAUGCUUUAGUUAUAUGACGUGUACAAAUGGAAGAUGUCAAUGUGAAAUAAAUCAGUAUUGGACAGGAUUAUAUUGUGAUGAAAAAAAAAGGGCUGGUGUUAAUUGUAAUGUUGAUAAUGAAUGUCUGAGCCCAAUGAAUUGUACAGAUGGAUCUUGUCAAUGUGGUACAAAAAAGUACUGGAAAUUGUAUACCUGUGCUGCACAAAAGAGUCUAGAUGUAAACUGUAAGGCUGAUAAAGAAUGUCUAAGUCCAUUGCUUUGUACAGACGGAACUUGCCAAUGUGCUACACAUCAGUUUUGGGUAGGGUCUUCCUGUGUUGCACUGACCCGUGUUCCAAAAAGUGUAAUUAUCAGGACGACAAGCAGAAGUAUUCAAAUGUCAUGGAGUGAGCCAGAAGAAUCAAAAAGUAGCAUAACAGGAUACCGUGUAAGAGUCAAAUCAAAUAAUGAUUGUGUGGUGGAAUUAUUAUUUGUUUGCAGUUGUACCAAUGUGGCAAGUAUUUAG